UCUAAGGCCAGCAGUCAUUAGGUGUAUGCUUCUGACAAAGAUCUUGUAUUAGUUCCAGUCUCCGAGUAGGGAAUUCUGUGCUGCAUGUCGAGGCCCAGUUUAUCACAUGGAACGCCUGGCCACAGACAGACUCGUCUUCCACCAUUCCUGCUUCCGUUGCAAGCGCUGCAGGCUCAAGUUGAACCUCCUUAACUUUGUGCCAGUGCAGGAUGAAUUUUAUUGCAGGGCUCACUAUGACAGGCAAUGCAAGGCGAAACACAAUUACAUUGAAGACUUUGACCUUAAUCAUUGUGAAGAGCUUUUGCUAUCAAAGAACACUAAUUGCAGCCAAACUGAAAAUAAUCUACAAAUUGAGGAAAAUGGUAAGUUAGAAGAUGCAAAAGGGAAAUUAGACCUUGUACCUAAUGCCGUGCAACCCAACUUGGAAGGUGUGGGCAGGAUUUCUGAGCCCGCUGAAAGAAGCAAAUCUGGUAUGAAGAACAGUACAAGGUCAGUGCCAAUAGCAAAACUCAGAAUUAGCUGGCCUCCUCCAAAAACAGCAGACUAGAGAAGUAUGCCACCCCUCAAAUCUUCUAAAUCUGAAUAACUUCAUUCAUGUAGAGACAUUCACAACCCUUUAAAUCAAUUCAUUUGGGUAAAAGGAGGGAGGGAAGAACAUCAACCCACUCACAGAGACUGUUUAAACAGAGAACAUGAAAUCAUUGCAGAUGAACUAAAUGAAAGAGCAGACCCCAUGUCUGGGGAUCUGAAUGAAAACAGGCACCAAGAACCCAAGUCUCAUGGAACGAAAGAAGAUGUUUGAGUGGGGUGAUGCCACUGCACCCUAUGAUCAGUAGUAAAUAGUGAAAUAGACAAAAUAAAGGGAUUUGCAUUUGAAGAUAAUUAUGUGAGCAAAAGGCCUGACUGCUUUUCAGAGGUAAGCAGAGAUACAGAAAAAAAGAGCUUUAAAUCAUUGAUGGUAAAAUCUGCGUUACGCAUUGCAGAGAAAUUAAAUGAAAAUUGGAACAGCUUGAAGCAAAUGAACCAAACAAAAUAGCAGUGACUAAAGAAUUUCAUUUAGACAAAUAAAGGGUUCAAAUAUCUUCAUAUGCAAAGACUGAUGAUGGAAAACAGACUCUCAAAAGAACUGAAAUAAAUGUUUGAACAUAAUUUUGAAAAGAGGGAUAUGAAUAAAAGCCCAGCUUCUCUCAACCAGGAAAGGCCUACAAAUGAGAAACAGGCUCACAGAAAUUUGAGUUUCAUAAUGUCAGUAACGCUAAUCGAGAAAAGUUUCUAAAUUGUGCCAAACUGCAAGGAACAAUAGAAAAGCUGCAAGGGAAAUUAAUUCAGACAAUCAUACAAUCAUACAUUUUACUGACAAGACAGUAGAAAGGAGCACUGAUGACUUGCAGAAGAAAGAAUCAAUUUCAACUACAGAGAGCCAGCUCCUUGAAUUUGCUGUAACACCAUAUUGCCUAGACUCAGAUGUAAAGAGGGCAGUGAUAGUACUGAAUCCCACGAUUUGCUAACCA